CUCUAGAAACCGAGAAUCGAUAUACAUAAGUAAUAACCGUGUUAGGUGCCGUAGGUCACGCAAUCUCUGAAUUGUUUUUACUUUUGUUUGUGAAUAUAUUCUUUAUAAUUUUUAAUAGUGGAAAUAGGACGAAGUUUCACAGUGCGUCCGUGUGCCGGCGAUACGGCCGUGGCGGACGGAGAGGGUUCUGUGGUGGCGGGGGGCGUCGGCCUCGCCGUGAGUAGUAAGGUGUACCCUAGCCCGGGGGCGGCGCGCGGCGUGUGGGCGCUGCCGCAGCCGCCCCCCUGCACGAUGGCAGCAGAGGAAGCUCUGCCGCCGUGCUCUCCCAUGUCGCCAGAUGCUCCAGCCGCGCCACCUCGUACAAUUACUAGCUACAACCAACACUCUGAUCUACAUCAACUCAUUUUUGAAGCCGUCCGUUCGGGAGAAGUAUCAGAAAUUGAACGCUUAGUAGAAAAGCUUGGUGUGGAAGUGCUGAGUGCUCGAGACCAGCAUGGCUACACUCCUGCACACUGGGCUGCACUAGACGGGAGCGUCGCGGUCAUGCGCUAUCUCGUUGAACGAGGAGCCCCCAUAGAUCUUUCUUGCUUAGGCACCCAGGGUCCUCGACCGAUCCACUGGGCCUGUCGCAAGGGCCACGCGUCGGUAGUACAAGUUCUGUUGCAGUCUGGAGUUGCGGUCAACGCUGCUGACUUCAAAGGGUUGACCCCACUGAUGACGGCCUGUAUGUACGGCAAGACAGCGACCGCUGCGUAUCUACUCGGUAUGGGGGCAGCGACCAGGCUGUCUGAUAUUAACGGAGACACUGCCCUCCACUGGGCUGCAUACAAGGGCCAUGCGGACCUAGUACGCUUGUUAAUUUAUUCAGGCGUACCUUUACAUUGCACCGAUAAUUUUGGUUCAACACCACUUCAUCUGGCGUGUUUGUCGGGCAAUUUGACUUGCGUAAGAUUAUUAUGUGAAAAGGUCAAAGCAGAAUUGGAACCUCGCGAUAAAAAUGGAAAAACGCCAUUGAUGCUUGCACAGAGCCACCGCCACUUAGAAGUUGUAAAACUGUUACAAAAGGAAAUGAAACGCAAGUCACACUGGAUGCCUCCACUUUCUGAACUGUGGGCGCUAUUGUUUGGAGGCGCUGGAGACUCUAAGGGCCCUCUACUGUUCUUUUUGAUAUCUGUAUUACUUUGGGGAUAUCCUAUGUAUGUCAUUAGAUGCAUACCAUUGACAUGGAACACGCUGCGUCUUUCGCAUUACUGUUUCCUUUACUGGAAUGCGAUCAUGUGGCUAAGCUGGGUGAUCGCGAAUAGAAGAGACCCGGGCUACAUACCUCAAAACUCUGAAACUUAUUAUAGAGCCAUUCGUCAGAUACCGUAUUAUGACAAGUGGAAAAAAAGGAACGUGAUUUUAUCACGAUUGUGUCAUACUUGCCGAUGUCUGCGACCUUUAAGGGCUAAACACUGUCGCAUCUGCAAGCGUUGCGUGGCAUAUUUUGACCACCACUGCCCAUUCAUCUACAAUUGUGUCGGCGUGCGCAACAGAAUGUGGUUCUUCCUGUUUGUGAUGAGCGUCGCAAUCAACUGCACCCUUUCCAUAUACUUCGCCUGCUACUGCCUGCUGCUCGAAGGGUUUGGUCUCUUGUAUGUACUGGGACUGCUGGAAGCUAUCACGUUUUGCGCUCUUGGCUGGAUCCUUACUUGUACCUCGAUUUUGCACGCAUGCAUGAAUUUAACUACAAAUGAAAUGUUCAACUAUAAAAGAUAUCCCUAUUUGAGGGAUAAACGCGGGCGUUAUCAGAAUCCAUUCUCACGAGGGCCUAUCAUGAACUUAAUUGAAUUCUUCGUGUGCUUGCCCGACAAAUGUGAUGAACAAGAUAUUUUUCACGAAGAAAAUAUAUGAUGCGAGGUGCAAUGACGCAACGACCUUUGUAGAACAAGGUCACAAAAGCUUCUACGAAAAUAAACUAACUCAACUCCCUAUUACUGUAUUUUGCUGUGUCACUUAAUUAUGGUUCACUAGUACGUGAAAAUAUCAAAUUAUUAAAACUUUACGAUUGUCUAUCGUGAGGUGAAAUGACUUUGACAAGCUAAAAUUGAAAUAGUAGCUCAAUCAUAAUAUCAAAGAACCGGCUAGCGGCUAAAGAACGGCCCAAUUUUGGUAUUAGAAAGUUCCUGCACAAGUUUGAAUACCACAGCCGCGCUCAUUGCGCAAGUCUUCUACAAGCUUAGGUAUAAUUAUUUAAACAGUCGGGUAAAUGUUAAUGCGUCCCGAACAUGUGCCUACACGCCUCAACACACGUUAUAGAUAUAGGUAUAAUAAAGAUUUACAAAUAUGUUCGUUACGCAUUUCACUUUUAUUAAUGUUGUGUAUUUAUUAUAUAAUGGCUUAUAAUACAGGUACUAUUUUCCUCAA